UUAAUAUUUUCCGCGGUACGGAGAUUAGCGGAAAAUAAUUGUCUUGUUGAUUCGAGUAGAAAAUUGUAUCCAAUGAAAUUCAUAGUUACGAGUCACGUGGUGACGAGUGUAUGAUUGGUGUUCGAAUAGCACGAGAAAUCAGUUCUAGCCCGUCUUCUUACAAAGACGCAUCUAUCAUGGACGAAUACGGGGAUGCCGGUAUAAGUUCCGAGGUUUAGCAAAUAAUUAGCUCCGAAGUUAAAAAAGCAGUGGAAUCGUCCCAAAAUCAAAUUUUAAGCAGCAUGAAGACUCUGAUAGACAGCAAUUUCAAGAAUUUUCAAUCGUCUAUGGAAACAACACAGAAAGAACUCUCGUCAUCGCAGUUAGCGAAAAUAGAGGAGAACAUUUUUAGCAGUUAUAAGUUUAAACGUCAUGGAAACGAAGCGCAGUACCGGGGAAACGCACAGGUCAUCACUAAGCUGAGGGAAGCAGACGCCAGUUUGGACAGCGCCAACCUUGGCGUUGAAAACAUAAACACCGCCCGGACAAAGAUUGGUGAAGGUAUUGAACUUUUAAAUGAGAGACAGAAAUUGAUAAAAAAAAAAAUAGCUGAUUCUAGUCCUUUAGGGUGGUAGGUAGUAGCUGAAUACCAAGCUAAUCCCAUCGCUGACGAUUCUGACGAUGAAAAAAGAAUAAACAUGGCGCAAAAUAAAGCAGAGUAAAAGGACAAACAACAAAAGGCACAGCGGAAACCAACAAACGACUAUUCAAUGCCACACCCAUACAAGAAAGACAACUCUAGGUCACCUACGGUCAAGCCAGGGACGUGCUAUCGAUGCGGGUUUAAAGGUCACUGGGCGAGAGACUGUAGAAGGAAGCUCAACGAUUCGGCAGAGAUAAGUAUUGUUACAUGUAAUACAUUCAGAAAUUCAGAUAACAAUUCAGUUUCAGAACAAAACUAUUCGAAUUCACGCCUGUCGACGUCGGUCACGGACGAGUGCACUACUAACAAGGUAAGCCCUGUCGGGCAUUUAAAUAGCUGUUUAUCAAGGUGGGUUGAAACAGGUGUGGACAAUUACAUUAGAGAUAUAAUUUCUCAUGGAUAUAAAAUUCCUUUUAAAACAAUUCCAGAAAGUGUCGAAUUAAAAAACAAUAGAUCUUCAUUAGAAAAUGUAGAAUUUGUUUCGUCAGAAAUCGAGUUUUUGUUGGCAAAAAAUUGCAUUUCAGAGGUGAGUACUAAGCCAAGUGUGGUCAAUCCGCUUACUGUUGCAUAUAACAGAUCAGGUAAGUCUAGGUUAGUCCUAGACUGUAGACAUGUGAAUAUUCAUUUGCAUAAAUAUAGGUAUAGAUAUGAGGACGCUGAAGUAGCGAGAGACGUGUUUGAUAUCGGUGAUUUUGUUUUCACAUUUGAUCUUAAGUCAGCAUACCAUCAUAUUUCUAUAUUUGCAGAACACAGGCAGUAUCUGGGCUUUAGCUGGAAUAUCAAUGGUCGGCAAAAGUACUAUGUAUUCAAUGUUCUGCCUUUUUGUUUAUCUACAGCUGGUUACAUUUUUUCAAAAGUUACUAGGCAUUUUGUUAAGUACAUGAGGUCCAAUAAUGUCAAAAUUGUCAUGUAUUUGGAUGACGGUUUGGGAGGCAGUUCUUCACAGUCGGACGCUUUUAGAGUCAGUUGUUUUGUCAGGGAUGAGUUACAAAAGUUUGGAUUUUUGUUAGCUCAUGAAAAAUGUCAGUGGUUUCCGUCUCAAAACGUGAAUUGGUUAGGUUUAGAAUGGGAUUUUCAGAAUGGUUUUGUCAGGGUGUCUCGGGAGAGGAUAAGUAGGACAAUGUCUUUAGUAAAUGAUAUUUUGAUCAAAUCAAAGCGUUCAAAUAUGUUUAGUGUUAGACUUAUUGCAUGUCUGACGGGUCAGAUCAUAAGUAUGAAAGCUGUUUUUGGAAAUGUAGUCCGAAUUAUGACUAGAUUUUUAUAUUUUUGUGUAGAGACGAGGGCUAGUUGGAAUAGCAAAGUAUUGUUGUCAGAAAAUGCAAUUCAGGAAGUUUUGUUUUGGUCAGAAAGCAUAAAGUCAUUGAACUGUAGCGGUGCAUUGUUUAGAAACAUUGAUUUAUCAGAAACGAGAGAUUUUGAAUUAUUCAGUGACGCAUCAGAUGUAGGUUAUGGGGGUUAUAUUAACCCAACAGUUCAGCGUUCAGACAAGAGUUCCUCACAGCAGGGUGGGGAUAUAGUCCUACAGAAGGACAGAGUUACUGUGUCUGGUUCUUGGAGCCAGAGGGAAUGCAAUAAGAGUUCUACUUGGCGAGAAUUAGAAUCAGUUCAUAGAAUAAUAAACACGCAUUCAGAUGACUUAAAAGGUUCGUCUCUGGUUGUUUACAGUGACAACAAAAAUGUGUCUCAUAUUUUAGAGGUUGGCAGUAAGAAAGAGAAUUUGCAAUUAAUUGCUUCUGAUAUUUUUCAGUCAUGUAGUUACAACAAAAUUACGUUAAUUCCAAAAUGGAUCCCGAGAUCGGAAAAUCAAGAAGCUGAUUUGAUCAGUAGGCAGACUGAUAGAGAUGAUUGGGGCAUUAGAAUUUCAGUGUACAAUUAUUUGUGUGAAAAGUAUGGUCAGCAUGACAUUGACGCGUUUGCAACGCAUUACAAUACAAAGUGUUCAGUAUUUUACUCAAAGUCUUGGUGUCCUGGUACUAGCGGCAUUGACGCAUUUAAUUUUUCAUGGACGGGAUGAAAUAUGUGGCUUGUCCCUCCACCAGUGUUUAUUUCAAAAACAAUCAAAAAAUGUUUGUCAGAAAAAGUGUUAGGGAAACUAGUUGUUCCUAGGUGGAUUUCAGCUCCUUUUUGGCCUUUGUUACAAAACUGUUCAAGUAUUUCAGAUUCGUUAGUUUUGCAAAGAACUCAUAUAAUAGAGAAGGGAAGAUAUAAAAAGGGGGUAUUUUGUAAUGAUCCCCUUCAGUUUGACAUGGUCGUUUUCAGAUUUAAUCAUUAGAUUAUUUUAUUUUGACAGACAUCGGGAUACGACAAAAAAUAAUUGAUGACGUAGCCAGAAGCGGAGCCGGAAAUAACGACAUUUUGAACGAUUUGGCAUACAAGAUGUCCGACUAUAUUCUUCAGGGGAAGAGUUUUAACACAACGAAAUCUUACCAUAGUAGUUUUAAAGGAUGGAAAAAAUUCAUUCAAAAAGAAGGAUUUGAGUGUUUACCCGCACAACCUGUUCACGUCGCAUUGUAUAUUACACAAUUAUUGGAUCAAAGUUCAUCUUCUCAUGUGGUCAAUCACGGGAUCUAUUCUUUAAAGUGGGCUCACGAAUUACAUGGAUUUGCCGAUCCUACCAGCAAUUCUUAUGUCAAGCGCAUCGCAACCCCCAAAGUAACCAGAAAGGACCCUGUCUCAUCUGAUAUAUUGAUUCGUUUGUGCAAUUUAUAUAUCGAAUCUACGGAUGUGCUGAUUGUAAGAGACUUGGCCAUGAUUUUGUUGAGUUUUGCCGCUUUUUUGCAUUAUGACGAAUUAAGUAGCCUAAAAUGUUGUGACGUAAAAUUUGUUGAUGAUUAUUUAUGUGUGUACAUUAAUUAAAGUAAAACCGACCAAUACCGGCAAGGAAACGAGGUGUUGGUCGCAAAUGGUUCCACAAGUGCUUGUCCUGUGAAAAUGUUGCAGAAAUAUGUUAUGUUGGCAGAUAUUAAUUUGUUAUCUUCAGAUUUUUUAUUUAAGCCAGUUUUCAGAUCACAUGGUAUUGCAAAGUUGAUAUAUAAAAACAAAAAGAUUAGUUACACUACUGCAAGGGAAAACAUUAUUUCCAGGCUCAAAGAGGUCAGUUCUGGUUUAAAUUUUAAAUUAGGUUUACAUUCGCUUCGAUCAGGCGGAGCUACAGCUGCAGUCGGUUCAAAUGUAAACGAAAGGUGUAUUAAAAGACACGGGCGCUGGAAGUGAGAUUCUAGUAAGGACAUGUAUGUUGUAGAUCAGUUAGAAAACCGAUUGGCAGUUUCCAGAAAAUUGGGGUUAUGAUUAUCAUAAAGUUUUUCACAUUUUUGUUUUGAAUUUGUCAUCAAAUGUUUUUUAUAUUUUGUUUUUUCCCUGAUUCAUUUCGUCGCCUCACCCUAACUUUGGUGUUUUUCUAUGCAUUCUGGGCUAGUCGGCAAAUAUAUAUUUGCUUGUCAUUUUUGUAAGAAUAUAUAAGACUUAAUAUUUUCCGCGGUACGGAGAUUAGCGGAAAAUAAUUGUCUUGUUGAUUCGAGUAGAAAAUUGUAUCCAAUGAAAUUCAUAGUUACGAGUCACGUGGUGACGAGUGUAUUAUUGGUGUUCGAAUAGCACGAGAAAUCAGUUCUAGCCCGUCUUCUUACAAAGACGCAUCAAAUUUACAUCAAUAAAAAAUUGUUAUUUUUUAUUUUUUAUUAUACUAUGAUUUAGAAGCUUAAAAAUUUUAAUAUUUUUGUUGUAAAGUCCCUGCACUACCCUUGAGACGGCGCGCAUUUGUGACUUUGACAUGGUUUGGGACACAGGUUUCCAGAGAUUUUUCUAUUUAAUAGUUUUUUAUUUCUGUUUUUUUUUCCGGCCGGUCACGUCGUCGAUGAAAGGUUCAAAUAUUUGUUAAAAAAGAGUGAGGCAGUGAUUUUUUAUAUUACAGUAUAUGUACAUGAUACAAUUUUGUAUUGUUCAGCUUAAAAUAAACUUCUGGCUCCCCCGUAUGCAUUCUGGGCUAGUCGGCAAAUAUAUA